AUGACUUCGACUGACCCCACUAACCCCUCGAUUGACGAUGAACUUCAUCUUGAGGGUGAGCCUGCUCCUGAGCUCCUCGAGGGGCGAAUCUGGGUCGAUGGCUGCUUUGACUUCUUCCACCACGGCCACGCUGGCGCUAUUGUGCAGGCCCGUCAAUUAGGCGAUGAGCUCUACGCUGGCGUUCACUCAGACGAGGCCAUCCUCGCCAACAAGGGCCCUACAGUCAUGAACCUCGCAGAACGACUCGCUGCUACUGACGCUUGUCGCUGGGUCACCCGUUCAGUCGGCCACGCGCCCUACGUGACUUCUCUCCCCUACAUCUCCCACUACGGCUGCAAAUAUGUCGUGCACGGCGACGACAUCACCUCGGACAGCGAUGGUAACGACUGCUACCGAUUCGUCAAGGAGGCCGGUCGAUUCAAGGUGGUUAAGCGCUCACCUGGAAUCUCUACCACCGACCUCGUCGGGCGCAUGCUUCUCUGCACAAAGACGCACUUCAUCAAGUCCCUCGAGAAGAAACUUGCCGGUGAAGAGGGCCACGGCACACCGGAGGAGCGCAUCGCUGAGGGCCAGCAGAUGCUGGAGCGCAUGAAGCUGUAUGCGACAGACGCUUCGGGCAAAGCACCCGGCGCCGAGGUGUUCUUCUGGAAGGCGUCGCAGGUCGCCAAGGCGGAGGAGGGUGAGGAGGAAAGGGGCAGUUUCCGACAGCUUAUUGAGGGACCCGGACCUAAGCCCGGCCAGCGCGUUGUGUACGUUGAUGGAGGUUAUGAUCUCUUUUCCAGCGGACACAUCGAAUUCCUGCGCCAAGUCCUCCUUGAAGAAGAAAAGCUCGCUCGUGAGCAGGAUUGGUAUUCCGAACAAAACGUCAAUGAGCGUCUCGGCAAGGGUGAGGAUUAUCCCCCCGCGUACGUCGUAGUAGGCGUGCACGAGGACGAGGUCAUCAAUCAAUGGAAGGGAAUCAACUACCCCAUCAUGAACACCUUCGAGCGCGGUCUCUGCGUACUACAGUGCAAGUACAUCAACGCCGUCAUCUUCGGCGCACCCUUCUCUCCCACAAAGCCCUACCUCGACACCCUACCGCGCGGCACCCCAGACGCCGUGUACCACGGCCCAACCUCCUUCAUGCCCCUGACAUACGAUCCGUACACGGCACCCAAGGCGAUGGGGAUCUACCGCGAGAUCGGCGCGCACACGUUUGCGCACGUCAACGCGGGCGAGAUCGUGCAGCGCAUCAUGAAGUCGAGGGACAUGUACGAGGCGCGCCAGCGGGCAAAGGGCGAGAAGGCGAGUGUUGAGGCGGCGGCGCGCGAGAGGGAGAUUCUGGAGGAGGAGCAGCGAAAGAAGGAGGCUGAAAGGGCGUAG